CGGAGCACCCUCCUCCUCCUUCUCCUCCUCUUCCUCCUCCUCUUCUUGGAUCGCACAGCCUGCUUGCUCUCGUCCACUUUCUCUCUCUCUCUCUGUCUCUUUAUACCUCUCACUCUCUGCUGUCUCCUGUCUUUUAUCUCUCUUUCUCGCUCUCUUUCUGUCUCUUUCUGUCCUCCACUUCUCUCCAGCCGCCGGAAGCUCACAGGCUCGCCGCUCUUCCUCCAACUACUGAGGAUUCAGAAACACCCGGGACGAAGACCCUGUCACUAGAGCAGCCAAGAUGGCAAUGAGCAGCAUCCUCAACAAAGAUGAAAUCAAGAAAGCUCUAGAUGCAUUUGCAGUUGCUGAUUCCUUUAACCAUAAGAAGUUUUUCGAGAUGGUGGGUCUGAAGGCCAAAUCUGCUGACGAAGUGAAGAAGGUAUUCACGGUGCUGGACGCCGACAACAGCGGCUUCAUAGAGGAGGAGGAGCUCAAAUUCGUCCUGAAGGGUUUCGCCAAAGAUGGCAGAGACCUGACAGACAAGGAAACCAAAGACUUUUUAAGAGCAGCCGACAAGGAUGGAGACGGCAAGAUUGGAGUUGACGAGUUUACCGCCCUGGUGAAAGAAUAAACAGUCUAGCACACUGAGAUCACCUCCAAGCCACCGCUACAUCCCGCUGACCCCUCUUCCUCCUCGGCACCCACACCUCACCGCUCCACCCCGACCCCCGGCCUCACCAGACUGCAGCCGAUUCCUGCUACACACAGUCCUCCUCCUCAACUCUCCCCCACUGCUGUCUUCACUAAGUGCAAUGCUACACUAUAGGAAGUAAGCUGUGGUUUGCCGCCUCCUCACACACAAACACCUCCUCAAACGUCCUCCACAGCUAUAUUCAUCCUAUUUAUUUUAUCCUUUUUAUACAAACUGUUCUUGUUUCUGUUUAUGUAUAGAUAUAAAAAACAUGCCUGCAGGAAUAAACCUCACAUUUGAAAGCAUAAAGUAGAUCUUUAAAGAAAAUAGAAAUUAUAAGAGAAAGACCUUAAUGUCCUUCUGUAUUUCUGACUUUACCUGUCUUAUCUCUUCAUUUUCUCAGCCACUUCCUCUCACUUUCCUUCUUUUUUUUCUCCCUUCUUUCUGUUUUUCUAUGUCGAUUUCACUCCUGGCACUGUUCCCUUCCUGCAUUUGCUCCCCUCACUCCCUCCCAUCACCCCAUCCAUCCAUCUAUCUAUCUACCUGUCCCUUUCUCCUCUGGUAAUGAGCUGUUGUAAAACAUACCAAAAGAAGAAAGAGGUCAAGCUGUGAAAGAAUAAAAUUAAAUGAGGAAAAAAACAAAGC